GAACUUAACGAAAUGAGCAGCGGCAGCAGGAGGGAGCGGCUCUGGUAGAGCGCCGUAGAGAGACGGAGAGAGAGCAGCGGAGCGGACGCUGGAUGACUACAGACCGUCAGGAUGCGUGAAUAUAAACUGGUUGUUUUAGGAUCAGGAGGAGUCGGGAAGUCGGCUCUGACCGUCCAGUUUGUUCAGGGAAUCUUUGUGGAGAAAUACGAUCCCACGAUAGAAGAUUCCUACAGGAAGCAAGUGGAGGUGGACGGGCAGCAGUGUAUGCUGGAGAUCCUGGACACAGCAGGAACAGAGCAGUUCACGGCGAUGAGGGAUUUGUACAUGAAGAACGGUCAGGGCUUCGCUUUGGUUUACUCCAUCACCGCUCAGUCCACCUUCAAUGACCUUCAGGACCUCAGAGAGCAGAUCCUCAGAGUGAAGGACACGGACGACGUGCCGAUGAUCCUUGUUGGGAAUAAAUGUGACCUGGAGGUGGAGCGUGUGGUGGGCAAAGACUCGGGGGUCGGACUCGCCCGCCAGUGGAACUCCUGCGCGUUCCUGGAAACCUCAGCCAAAAGCAAGAUCAACGUCAAUGAGAUCUUCUAUGAUCUUGUGCGACAGAUCAACAGUAAAAAUCCAGCUCCAGGAAAAACCCGUAGAAGGCCCAACUGCCAACUUCUCUAAUGACGGUUUUCCCGCUCACUUGACCAACAGCCAACCAAUCACAGGAAAUCUUCCAACUGGCCACGCCCCUUUAACACAGACGACACCACUGUCCUCACCAUGUGCUGCCUCUGACUUCUGUUCUCAUGCAAACUGCGUCGCCCAUCCCCCGCUACUCUUUCUAACCACAAACAGACUGUUGCCAUGGAAACGUUACGUAGAACAUCGAAAGACUGCAUGGUGAUGGUGAAGAUGAUGGUUGUGUUGUUGCAGUAACAGGGGGCGGCCCAGCCAACUACCAACCUUGAACCACAUUUCCCAUCAUGCUCUGCUACGCCAUUGUGUACUGGGGGAGUGGCUUCUUGGCUGUCAAAUUUUUUUAAUACCUUCUUCUGUUACUUUUUUACUCACAGCAUUCCUGAGCUGCUCACACCAGUUUAACUGUUACCCAUCACAGAAAACAUGGCUGACUUUGUGUGAUUAGCUCCGGUCAAACCUGUGGAUCCAUACAAUGAUUAUUAUUAUUAUUGUUAUGGUUCUUUGUGAAAAUAUAAGUAAUUUUAUGUUUGCUUAUUUUGGGGGGUGGGACUUUGGGGGGGGUCAGGACUUGGGUUCAGCUCACCGCUUGCUCAGUUUAAUAGCUAAGUUAGCUUAGUUAACACAAAUAGCGUUGACAAUGAGCCUAGGAUAUAGUGAGCAAAUGCUUUGUUUCCUUUGAUUUGGGCCCAGGUGGUCAUGCAGGUUGCCCAUUGGCAUUCUGGGUAAUUAUGUAUGAAAGUGCUACAUAGCCCAUUUAGCAAGUUAAGUACGUUAAUGGUUACAGCAGUGGAUUAGCUGAACAAAUCAAGGAAAAAUGCAAAAAAAGUUGUUGCAGCAUCUAAAAUGUGAGAAUUAGUUGCUUUCUUGUUUUAUGUAACUGCACUUUUUAUAGUUUGUGGUUCUGGGAUGGUUUGUCAGGAAAAAUGUGAUUUUUAGUUUUCAAGGAUAAUGUUAUGGGCAUUUCCAUCAUUUUACAUUUUAUAGCCUAAACAAUUCAAAAUUAGUCUAUAAUUAAUCUGUUUCUGUAAAGUUUUUUUUAUACUAUCUGGUAUAAAUGUAGCAUGAACUGCUAUCAGCUAAAUGCUAAUUUCAUUCUUGAAGCUAACUCAUGUGGUCGUGCCACUGAAAUCAGAAAAUCUAUAUAGUUUCACAGUUUAUUCAUAAAAUCCAAAGUUAAGAGCCUAGACUGGACUACAGGUGCAUGCUGUAAUUAAAACAAUGAGUAGAAAAAUAAAAAUUGUACUUUGCUAGUCCUUGAUAACAGCAGCCACUGCUGUUGGUAAUUAGUAGCUAAUGGCGGCUCAUUGGCAUUGUUGGCCUAGCAAUUGUUAGUGGAAUGUUAGCAUGUUGACAAAGAAACAGGCGAAAACCAUCUCUAAGUGUUGCAAGGAUUUAAGUGUAAAAUGUCUUUAAAAAAUGCACUUAAUAAAAUGACCACUUGGGGGCAGUGUGUUGAAAUUUGAUCCAAAAUGCGUUUUGUAGUGUUUGUAUAGUUAGCAUAAUGCUGAUGGAAACAAACAAUUGAUGUCACCACAAACUAGCUUAGCUGGUUAGCUGAGCAGCGCGGUGCGCUAACUCAGGGGCCGCUGCUUGUGGCGGACAUGUUGCCUUUAGACAGCAGACACAUUGAUCCAAUACCUGACCCGUUUGUGUGCGUGUGUGUAAACUGCUAACAACCACGAACCACGUCCGUUUCUGAGAUUGUUUCCAGUGACGUGUUUGAGAGGGCAGCCAAAAAAAAACAGCAAUGCUUUCAUUUUACAAAUUUACAGACUUGAUGCAAUUCCAGGUUUUAUGACUUUAUUGUAACAGUAUAAAUAUUUAUGAAAGACAACAGUGGCCUUAAUGCUCAAUUUUAAGUAAUUUAUAGGAUUUAAUAUUUGCUGUUGAAGUUUAGCUUUUCCUUGAUUCCUUCAUAAAGUAUUUUUAAUUUUAUGACUUUACUCAUGUCUCUGUUCUUUAAGUUAAGGCUGCAGUGACAUUAGCCUAUUUUUAUAGUGUGUAAUUGAGACCAACGGCAAAUCAAAACCCAUCUUCAGUCUGCUGGUGGGAGCAGUUUUUCGCUCGCUCUUUCACAGAUGUUGAUUAAAGUUUCUCUUUGUGACUGUAAACUGUUCAAACGGCGAUUUUUUUUUUUUUUUUUUUUUUACGGUCAGUUGAAGAUAGUCAAAUUUUAAGUCUUGUAAAAUCUAAGUAGCGUCUGAGCUAGCUAGCUAGAACUCUUGCUAGCCAAGGGGUCUGCUCCAUUUUGCAGUGUCGUAAAGUGACUCCAGCCUUCGUCCUUCAUAGAGUUCCAGCCCCAAAAUUUACUUUCUCUCUGUUAAAAUGCUAAAUAUGUAAAAUGUUAAUUCAGGUGUUUCUUUUCAGUUAAAGGAGAAUUUUGGUCAAAGUGUUUCAACAGUAGCGUGGCUGGUGUAUGAGAAUGACCUGAGGAGGUUGGGCUAGUAGCCAAAGCCCCGCCUCUUGACAAAUUGGGGUGUGUCCUGUGAAGCAGCAGUCAGAUUGUAUUAGAAUAUUUUCCUGUGUGUUUUCUUUGAAAUGUGAGAAUGUUCAGGUUACAGCUACUGUAUAUUGGACCAGUGACUUCUGUGAGUGCUGUACACAGUAUUGUGCUGCAGCACAGUGUGGUACUGCUGUCAGUAUACUGGUUUUGCCUUCACUACAUUGUCAUGUAGCAUGUUGAUGUUUCUGUCUGACCUGCAGGUGGCGCUGCCACAGUUUGCAUGCAGAUCCGACACUUCUGGAACCGAAGCCGUUUGCAGCCGUGCUCUUGUUUUCCUGUGCAGCCAGUAAAA